UGUACGUACCUACUUGAUAAAAUGCGUGAUCCAACCAUGUUAGUUUAUUAAUUCGUAAUAUUUCGUAAAUACAAUCUAGUUUUUACACGCGACUGUUAGCACUUGACCAAGCUUGCUAAAAAUAUGGGACGCUCAAGGUCACGGAGUAAAUCGCCUAGAAGACAUCACAAAAGUAGUAAACACUCGAGGAAAAAGAGCCGAUCAAAAGACCGCUCAACAUCACGCAGCAGAAACUCCAAACAUGCUGAUAAAACGAGAGAACGUAGUUCCAAGUCAAGAAAAAGGUCACAUUCUAUAUCGUCGUCUAGCAGUAGCGAUGCAUCGUACGAUCAUUCGAACAACAGAAAAAAAUCCAAAGGACGUAGCAAAAUGGAUGAAGUCGAUAGACUAGCCGAAAUGGAAAGACAAAGACGUAUAAGAGAAGCUGAACAAAAGGUAGUGGAAGAAGAAGCUGCAAAAAGAAUAGAGUUGCUUGUGAAAAAAAGAGUUGAAGAGGAGUUAGAAAAAAGAAAAGAUGAAAUUGAACUAGAAGUGGCAAAAAGAGUGGAGGAAGCCAAGCGCAAGAUGGAAAAAGAAAUGAUGGAAGAAUUAGAAAAACAACGAGAACAACAAAGACGAGAAGAACAAGCUAGACAGGAGGAGGAGACUCGUAAAAGGAAAGAACUAGAAGACAUCAUGGCUGAAAAUAACAAAAAAAUUGAAGAAGCACAGCGCAAGCUGGCGGAAGAGAGAUUAGCGAUGAUCGAAGAACAAAGAAAAAUGGACGAGGAACGACAAAAACUGAAAAAAGAACAAGAGAAGCGGAUAAAAGAGGAACAAAAGAAGAUUCUCGGCAAGAACAAUUCACGGCCAAAGUUGUCGUUUAGUUUGAAACCACUCUCAUGAUUCUGAAAAAAAAACAUUAUAUUUCAGAUGGACACUUAAUGCAGUUAAGUAGUUUAGUAAAUUUUUAAUACCUUAGUAGAUUGUCUUUAUACAUAGUUUGCUAGGAAAGGAAACAUAUAAUCAAAUGAUUCAAGUUUUAAUUUACAUCUUUACAUUUUAAAUUAUUGAUAAUUCUGAGGUCAUUCAACAGUUUGGCAUGCCCUGACAGGAUCCCCCGGUACAUAUUGCUUUGAAAUAAAAGAUUACUACUUCUGUGAAAACAAAAAAUUUUUUUUUUUGCUCACUGAUACCGACUGUAAAGUUACUUAAGAGCAUUUGACAUUAAUUUUUGAACCUUUCAUGUUGUUUUCUAUUCUAGAUUGUUUUUAACAUUGUGUUGUGACAUUUAUCUUUAUGGAUACAUUUCAUAUAUUGAAAAUCUAUAAUUUUAGUAUUCAGCUUUGAUUCAUCUCAAGAUGUACCAUUACUAAUUUAUUUAGUUGACUUUAUGAAGUUGUAAGGAAAAAGAUUGGGUCAUAAUAUUAAAAUAACGGAUUUCAUCUAAUUGCCUUUAAGAGAUGCCUCAUUAAAUAUUAUAUUGGUAAACCUGUGAAAUACAUACUAAUUAAUAAUUUAGUAGGCAGUGUUGUAAUAUUGAUACCUUAUUGAUACUGUACCUUAUUUCUUUAUCAAAAAUGGUGAAUUAGUGUGUGAUGUGAAAAUAUCCAUAGAGUUUUGGUACAAACUUAAACUUACAUAAGGAAUAUAAUUAAGUAAGAGCCUUAUUGUUAUUAGUUGCUCUUAAGCCUUUCAAUAAUUAUGUUUCAAUAUAGGAUUCAAAAUGAAAUGGGGAUUUUGUCAAAAAAUGAUUCAAACAAAAUUUUUUUUUUAUUAAAAACCUGCGAAACUAUAAAAAUGUUUGUGGAAACCGAAUCCAAAUUGGUUUGUAUGAUUAUGUAAAAAUUACUUGAGUUGAAACGGCAUUGAGCACAAUGAGGAAUAAAUAUUUUUUUUGUCAAAUAUAAUACAUAUAAUAAUAUGUAUUAUAUGCGAGAAAAAUCGUUAGAAAUACUUAGAUUAUAAGAAACACAAGGGAAAGAUUUACAACUGACAGAGGUCUUGGUUCAUUACGCAGACUGUCCAAAUGUUUUAUUGGGAUGGCUGGAUAGCGGAUCUUCCAAAUAAAUACCUUGCCCCUUAGCUGAGACGGAUUAUCCAAAGGUGUUUCUGAACUUGUACACAUAUGCAAGAAUAAAGUAAAUUUAUCCCUAGGCCAAUUCGUGUUUUCGGAUGAAUUCUAUUUUUUGCGAAUAUAACUACAGCUACAAUCACGUUAACAGUUCCAGAAAUGCGGUAAAAUGUAUUUAUUGUAUGUUUUAGUAUGUUUGUACUGUAAAAUACAUAAGUAUCGGCCCUUUUAUAUACCUACGCUUGUAUUAUGCGGCUUUUUUCUAUUGAAGUUUCGUUGUAAGAAUACUGCCCGUUCCGUAGUUUACUGGUAUUCUACGAGUAAUGCUAACGUCGGUAAUGUAACCACCGACUGCUUACUUUUGCCGCAAGGCAAGCGGUUCGGUUCGAAGGUUGGGACAGCGGUAAUACCACGUUUAUAUAACUCACAUUUCGACGCAUAUCUCAAGGUGGAUGAUGGUGUUCACCUUAUUUAUGUCUAUGGGCUUCGGUAACCAUUUAGCGGUAGGCGACUUCGGUUCACUAAACUAAGGAACAAAAAAAAAAAGAGUGAAUUCAAUAAUGAUCUAGUUGAUUUAAACCUAUCAUUCUUGUUUUUUUUUAACGGAUUGUAACAACCGCCCUAAUUAUAAAAGGGAAUAUUGCUAUUUUAAAUAUGGAGUAGAUAACAGUGGUGUGUUCGAUACAUUUACUUUGUGACGUCAUAACUGAUGCAACAUUCUAUAUAUCUUCACAACAACCUUCUUCUGGUUUAAAAAAAUUCUAAGUAAUUUAUUUCUGAAAAUGUUUGUAAUUCUUCUGACUUAACAUAACGUAUCGCCUUAAUAAAACAGUAAAAUAAUUGAUUUUACAAGAUUUUUGUCGAUAUUGUAAUUUUUAAGCUUGUUGAAUAAAAAAAUAUAUACAAAUGAAUCAUUGUCAUGAAAUUAUUUAGUUUGCACAUUAAUUCAUUAAACACAUCUAAGACAUUUUAGAUUGAUAAGUUUUAAAUAAAGG